AUGAGGACGGGGCGCAGACGCAACUACAGUUUAUUGAAGGCACCUUUCAGAGACGGAGCCUCGCUGAGGCCAUCAGGCAGGGGCGAUCCCUCCAAGAGGAGCUCGCCGAGCUGUAUUCAGCAUGGGACUGCAGGUGCUGGGCAGCACACAAGGUGGACAAAGACGAAUUCGUUUUGUGAUGGAAGGUCGAACUCGCCGCUCCAGGGUUUCCAGCAGGCAGACCACUUCAGCAACGCAACAUCGCUGCCGAUCGUGUACAACCGGUCCAUCAGCGCAUGCCGAAGAUAUGCAGGAUGGGAGGAGGCGCUUCGGAUCCUCCAUGGACUCAGGUCUGCCUCGCUGCAGUGCGACCUUGUCGGCUGCAGCUCCGCAAUGAGCGUCUGCGAUGCAGCUUCGCAGUGGCAGCGAGCCACGGCGCUGCUUGAGACGACAAAGGCCACCCUCGGGCUUCCAGACGUGAUCAUGUACGGCGCAGAAAUGAACGCUUGUCAAAAAGGCAGGCAGUGGCAGCGAGCCAUCCGGUUGCUCAAGGAUCUGCGCCGCAGUUUGCGGGCGGACGUGGUAACGUUGAACACCGCUAUGUGUGGCCCAUCAUCAGGCGAGUGGCAAAACGCCACCCACCUGCUUGAGGAGGCUGCCUCUUGGUCACUGCAGCCGAGCAUGGUCAGCUACAAUGUCGCUAUGCGAAGUUCGAGCUGGAGGAGGGCCGCAGAAUUUCUGAUGGCGGCCGGAAGGAACAAGUUGCGAUCCACGGUAACCACUUGCGGCACGAUGCUGGCUUGUGAGCUGCCCUGGACGGCGGAGCUGGUUCAUCUCUCUCAGAUGCAGUCCCAGCAGCUGGAGCCGAACAUCAUCACUUUGAGUUCCGCGCUCUCGGCUUUGGCCGUGGAGAGCUGGGACACCUCUUUGGAUCUCCUCAAAGAGGCCCGAAAGCGUGAGAUGCAGCCCAACGCCGCUGGGACGCGAUCGGUCUCUUAA